AUGGCAGCAAGCUGUGCUCUUUCUGCACCAUCGUCCUUCUUGGCUCAUCAACCCCUAUACCAAAAUAAACCCAACAAGAGACUUACUCCUUGCCUGCCGUCGCCUAGAGCCGUAGCUCUGAGAGUAAGUGCUGCAAAGCUUCCUCCAGGGGUUGAAGUGCCCAGGGUGCAGCCAAAGCUGAGCGAGCCUUUCUUGGGUUUCACCGAGACUGCCGAGAUCUGGAACUCCAGGGCCUGCAUGAUUGGCCUCAUCGGCACCUUCCUUGUGGAACUGGUGCUAAACAAAGGGAUUCUUCAGAUAAUUGGGGUGGAGGUGGGCAAGGGUCUGGACCUUCCUCUUUAA